CUCCUCUCUUUCUACACCAAGUUAAUCAUUUUUAGCGUUCUCUCUCCCUUCUCUCACUCCCCACCUCUCACUUUCAAACCCCCCACCACAGAGAGGAGCUCUGUCUCUCUCUCUCUCUCCUCUCACAUGACAUCGCAAUUCCCCUGACCCGACCCGCACCCGUCACAUGGACAUUCCCAACCCGACUCGCCUCCACCGCCCCAACAAAUCCUCUCCCUCCGAACGCUUCCUUGGCGCGUACCCCCACGCUCCUCCAAGCACCAACGCUAACUCCUCCCCCGACGUCGGCGACGAGCUCACCGAGGACGAUAUCUUGUGGACCAACGACUUCGCCGCCGAAUCCAGUCACCACCACCACAACAGCAGCAACAACAACCACUCCACCCCUCCCUCCUCCGCAUCCUCAACCCCUCGCCGCCACCACAAGGGCUUCUCCCAGCCGGAAAGCUUCGGAAUCCUCGCCGCUCUCCCCGAACGAGAAUCCUCCUCUCCGAAUGCGCGGAGCAACUCGCACUUCUACCACAAGGCCUCGGCGUCGUCGUCCUCCUCGUCCUCGCCGUCGUACGCGCAGAUGAUUCCGACGAUUCCGAAGCCGCCGCCGCUGCAGGAUCAUCACCGGUCGUUCUCCUCGUCGCUCAAGUACCAGUCGGCGCCGGUGAACAUACCGGUUUUGGCCAGUGCGAUGAGGAAGCAACACGAAUUGGAAGCCGUCGUCGACGAGGAAGACGACAACGACGACGACGACGACGACGGCGAGAUGCUGCCGCCGCACGAGAUUGUGGCCAGAAGCUCCGCCCACUCGCCGAUGCUGGCGUGCUCGGUUCUGGAAGGCGUGGGGAGGACCUUGAAGGGAAGAGAUCUCCGACGGGUUCGCAAUGCGGUGUGGCGACGAACAGGUUUUCUUGAUUGAUUCAGAACGACUCUUUUCAACUUUUCCUCUUUUUUUUUUUUAUCGGGAAAAGAAUUUAGAGUUUGUUUCAUUGAAGAGUAGAGUCAAUAUUUUAAGUGUUUGAUUAUCCCCAGUGCCAUUAGGGAAAUUUAGUAUAUAUUGGGGAAAAGAUAGUGAUCUUGAGUUAGGAUUUUUCGGUUUUCGCGUAGUUCUUGUUUUCCCUCCAUUAGUUAGCUAUUGUGUAUUUCUGUUUGUUAGUCCGUUAAUCAAACAUUAAUGAAUGCAAUAAGAGUAAUUGUGGUUUGCCAAAUUAAUUGUUUUCAAUCAUGAACUGAAAAUCUUUGCUUGACACAAGUUUCUCAUUCCCAACACCAUUCAGUGCGGAUAAUCAAAUGGUAGUAUGUAUUGUUUAAAGAAAUAAGUAUUGAUGAUGUUGGCCGACCACCGUGGUUUGUCAACAAUGAACUACUUUACUUGUUUCUUUCUAAAGAUUUAGAAUUUUUUAAAUGCUAUUUAUUUCCUAGUGGGAUAUUGUGCUUUUUAUGUAAAACUUCAUUGCUCUAAGUUAAUGUGAUGUAGCCUAGGAAAUACUUUUUGGAUGUAGGCAGCUUUUUGCUUUAUGGAAUUAAGUUGGUACUUGUUAACAGAAACUUCUGCCAAUUAAAAUUCAUACUUCAACCAGAAUCUUUCUAAUUGCAGAUUGAAUAUUGGCUGGUUCCAUAUUGGAGUAGAUGAAGUGUUGCAUCGAGUUAAGUUGUUUGGUUGUUCUUUACUUGACUUAUAACUCAUCUCAGUACUAAACUUGUCCCAGUCUUUUUGUUCUUUUUUGGGUCCUAGAACUCAUCCAAGUUAGACAACACAAGCUUAUCGGUGAUUCCAGUUCCUUUUGUUCUUAAAAUUAUCAAUUCUGGGGAAAGGGGCUAAGAUCAUCAUAAUUACUGUCUUAUCACAUUCUAUUGCUUUAAGGAACCUAUUCAAAAAUCAGUUCCAAUAUUUGUUGGGUUCACCACUGCAAUUCAUGAUUGAGGUUACUGGUUAGUUUUAUAGGUGUUGGGUUCGAAUUCGGAUUGGUGCUACAACUUUGUUUUAUUACUAACCUUGUAUGUCAGAUGGACUACUUGACAGCUGUAUCUAGUAAUAAGAAAAAAGGAAAAAGGAAAAGAAAAAUCCAAAACGGAAUGUGUGAGAAAUAACAAUUGUUAAUUUGCAUUACAAUUCAAUCUUAUAUACUAGUAAUUUGCACUGAUAUCAAGAUUUAGGUCAAAUGGAUGAGAAAUUGUUUUUUAUUUUAUUCAUUUAUAUCUAUUCAGUUAUUUAUUUUUAACAAAAGAAAUUGGUUUUGAAUAUUGCAAUGUUGAAGUACUUUUGUCAUUAUGUCCAUUAUCUUGAAGCAUAUUGAAGAUUUUGCAUGAACUUUGUGUCAUUAUGCUCCUUCUCCCAGAAAGGAUUCUUGAAGAUGGCUUAUCCAAGAAAUCAAGUAAAAAGUUUCUGGAUCCACAUUGUGCUUGUUUUAAAUAUUUUCUAGUUUAUCUUCAUGAAAACGGUCGCUUGGGUAACCAAAGAAUUUGUAGCAUUUCCGGUUUUGAGACAUAAUCUUUCAUAUUCUCUUCUUAUUUUGUAUGUAACAGCACAUUGUUCUAUCCACUUCAGUUUAUUGGCUUUCAUUGAUGGAUCAUAGCAGGAGUUCUUUAAGAUUAUACAGAGUUGGUAGUGGUAAAAGAUUUGGAAUGAAUGCGGUUUUGGUCUGAUUUAUGGCAAUCCGCCAGAGUUGGCUUAAGGAAUACUCCUCUCUUCUAUUAUUUUUGAAUUUGGUUGGUGUUGUGGAGAGAGGCUGAUUUUCCUCUGUCUUCAGGGUGUCUUGCUCUUGAAUAUGCUUCUUAGAGUUUCUUAGAUUUUGUAGAUUCUUUCUCUCCGUACUAAACUGCAUACCACCUCCUGUAAAUAGUUAUUUUCUUAUAAAGUCCUUGUUUUUUCUAAUAAAACAUAACAGUUCUUUGAUCCAUAAACAAGCAGAAUGCAGUGACAACUCAUUAUGUUUAUCAAACAUAUUUGAGAUAUUUUAGAUGGCAAGGUACAGUAACUAUAAUGGUUUUGCGCUAUAACUAUAUAAGUUAUUAUUAACUGUGUUAAAAAGGUGUGAGUAAUACUUCUAUUUAAAUUUAGUUGAAAUGCAUUGAGGGUAUGUAACAUAAUAUGAAGAACCCAGAAAAAAGGGCCCGAGUGAACGCCACAUUUUUUUUUUAUCAUUAUAUUUCAAUUACUCUCAAGUUGUGGUACAUUUCUCAUAGGAAAUACUGUUAGUUGGCUAUAGAACAAAUAUUCAGAGUAUUACUCUGCUUCCUAUUUUAAUUUUGCUUUGAGAUGUUGUAAUGGCAUUUGAGAUCUCGGGAUAUCUUGGCAGCUGUAAACCAUGUAAUAUGAGGUAUUGUGGUGAGUGGGCUUGGAUUUGGAACCUUUAAGCAUCAAUGUCAAUUUAGAGACAAACCUGCAAGGGCUGAAGCAAGUUGAUAGACCUGUUGCAUUUCACUUUCUCAGCUUGGACUUUUGGGGGUAUAGUGGAACACAGGAGAUCCUAAAAUUCCUGAGUAGUACUGGUCUAAACUGAGUGUUUGGAUUGAUAUAGAUGGAGAUAUUGUAUUGUACCUUGGACAUCCUUAGUAGAGGGGAUCAUUUCAAAUUCCAUCAAAGAGCUGUUAACUCCCAUAAGAAAAUAAUUGAGAAAAGAAAAAGUGUAGUGUAUCUUCUGCACUGCAGUUGCACAUAUUCUAGGAUAAGAUUGGUGCAAAUAAAGGACAAAUUUGGGGUCUAGAUUGUGUGUUCGUUUUUCUUUUGUCCUGUUUAGGCAUGCUUGGUGCAGAUUCUGAAAUAACACUAACUAAUGAUGGAUUCCAGCUCAGCUGCCAAAUUUCACGAUUCAUGUGGAGGAAAAGUUGUGGUGUUUCUCCUUUUGGUUAAGUCUGAAGGUAAUAGUUAAAUCAAAGUCAUUUGGAGUAUAUGAUUAGUUGAGGUAAGUGCAACACUCUGGGAGCAUUCAUCAAGUGCAUGCACUUUAGCAGUUGUUCUGAAGUACUUCAGAGUACAUGACUUGUUGACAGUACUAAAUUUUUCUGUGUGGUGAUGAAGUCUAUCUAUGUGUAAAACCAUCAGAUGCAGGGAAAAUUGUACCUAAAGUUUUGAGCGUUCUUCAGUUGCUGUCUCUCGAUUUGCAGGACUUUGAUUUUGUUGCUCGUGCAGUUUUGUACUUUUUUUUUUUUUUUUCUUCUGGGCAUGUGAUCAUUGUCCCAACUGUCUCUCUACAUGUCAUGUGUGUGUACUCUGAUCUUGAGUUGGUUGUAGUUUCUUUUUAGUAUAAAAUGUGAGCGUCAGCGCCUGCCAUGAUUCA